AUUUUUUUCUCCUUUAUUAGAUUAGACGCCCUUUUAUCCUUCAAUCUUUUAUAAAGAACGCCUUCCUGGCAAUAAGGAGUUCUAUUCUUCCCCUGUAACUGCGUCCCUAACACCAACAGCCGCCGUCACCUCUCACCUUGAUUAUUGGGGAAGAAAACAUAUUGGAUGGGUAAAUCUUGCUCAAGUUCGAAUGAUUUUCUCGUACAUUAACAGAAAAUAAGAUGUCAAACAUACCCACAUCUCUUUCUGAAGUGUGCCUUACCCUUUUCCGUUUAACCAUGUCCAUCGCCGAUCCAUGGCCUUUUUCUUGAACCUUACUAUAACAAAAGCCAUUUGAGAAAUUGUUUGUCCAGACUUAGGAGAGGGGAAAAAAAAACCAAAAAUCCACUUUCGAAAAAGAUCGGUUUCUGAAUAUAAUCUCCCUCCAUCCCCAGGAUAAACAUGAGAAAUAUAAGGGGCUUCAGGAUUGGAAAACGACUGGUCGGGAUCUCAAGAUGGAUCUUCCGGCGGAACCGUAGCUCAUCCAGUUACAAUCGGCUAUACUCACCGGGACAAACAUGCAGGCCCAAGCCCUUUGCGAAGCUUAUCAACUGGUAUCGCCGCUUCACGACAGAAGCAAAAUCACUUUGUUCCGGGAUACCCAGGUUGGAUUACAUCCCCGUGGGUGAGGAACCUAUUCCGGAAAAUUCUUUGACGGUGCCGAAGGGACACUUGGCGAUCUAUGUGGGGCAAAAGGACGGCGAUUUCCACAGAGUUUUGGUGCCCGUUAUUUACAUUAACCAUCCCCUGUUUGGCGAGCUAUUGAGAGGAGCAGAAGAUGAGUACGGGUUCAAUCAACAAGGUGGGAUAACAAUUCCCUGCCGGUACUCCGAUUUUGAGAGGGUCCAAACCCGGAUCUCUGCAGGAUCGGGCCGACGUAAGCUGGCGUGGAAGCCCAACCAUAACUGAGGUGGUUUGUGAGAUGAUGACGAUAAUCUUAGUAGAUGAUGGUGAUGUUUAGAAUGUUUUAGGAAAAGUGACUCGUAUACUUCUUCAAAGGUUUCUACAUUUCUUUUCUUUUUUUCUCUCGUAGUUGUAAAUUGAUAGAGUUUCUGUCAUUUACUUCACGUUUUGGCGGGUGAUUAGCUUAUGAUUCACAAUUACCUACUGUUGUUUGUGUGUAUGUGUGUUUUUCCCGUCUUAGUAGCUUGAUUCUUAAUGAGCUAAUUUUUUAUUGCUUGUGGAGUUGUAUUACUCAAUUUGAAAAGGAGACAUUUACUAGCCUAUGACAUUUAACAGAA